ACGCUUCUCUUUCCGUCCGAAGCCAGAUCCCUACUGUCAAGCUAAGUAUACGUUCUGUCCUACUGGCUCACCCAUCCCAGUGAUGAAGGACAAUGACAUCAUCGAAGUCUUAAGACUACAAACCCCUGUCUGGGAAUUUAAAUAUGGAGACCUCCUGGGACACUUUAAAAUUAUGCAUGAUGCUAUCGGAUUCAGGAAUACACUGACUGGCAAGAAUUACACAAUGGAAUGGUAUGAGCUUUUUCAGCUUGGCAACUGUACAUUUCCUCACCUUCGACCUGAAAUGGAUGCUCCGUUCUGGUGUAACCAAGGAGCGGCCUGCUUUUUUGAAGGAAUUGAUGAUAAACACUGGAGGGAAAACGGGACAUUAGCUCCAGUUGCAACCAUGUCAGGAAACACAUUUAACAAAAUGGCAGAGUGGGUGAAACAGGACAAUGAAACAGGUAUUUAUUAUGAGACAUGGACGGUCCAGGCCAGCCCAGGAAAAGGGAUGGAGACAUGGUUUGAAUCCUACGACUGUUCAAAAUUUGUGUUAAGGACAUAUGAGAAACUGGCUGAAUUUGGAGCAGAAUUCAAGAAGAUAGAAACAAACUAUACAAGAAUAUUUCUUUACAGUGGAGAACCUACUUACUUGGGAAAUGAAACAUCUAUUUUUGGGCCAAAAGGAAACAAGACUCUUGCUUCAGCCAUAAAGGAAUUUUAUGCCCUCUUCAAACCACAUCUGUCAACUAAAGAAUUUCUGUUGAGUCUCUUGAAAAUUUUUGAUUCAGUGAUUAUGCACAGAGAGUUCUACCUGUUUUAUAACUUUGAGUAUUGGUUUCUACCUAUGAAAUUCCCCUUUGUCAAAAUAACAUAUGAGGGACUCCCUUUACCUACCAGACGCACCGCACUUCCUGACCUGUGACACUUUGCUUUCCCUGCUCUCCCCACCUGCCUGCAGCCAUUCUCUUCCAGGGCUGUUUUUACAUCGUGCCUUUCUUCACUUUCCCUCCUCGGGGUAGCAAGGUGAAGUGCUCAUUGUUGGAAGUGCAGUAUACUGACAUUCACAACUCUUGGAAAGAAGCAGAAACCAGAACUGUAUUGGCCAAAGGGAAUGCAGUGCCAUCUUGAUCUUACUGAGAAUCAGUUGAUCUCAGCCAUGGAGUUCUGUGAUCCCAGUGCUGACAUUUUUCUAGGGCUACCUUUUCUGUUAUGGUAGUGCUGUUUCUUAGUUUAAGGGCUUUUGGGUCAUUUAAAGAAUAGAUAUUUUUUAUAGCUGUUGUAACUUUGGGGUCUGACUGCUUUCUAGUUACAUAACCUGAAGACUUGACAGGACUCCAUUGCUGGAACAGUGCCUCUGGACAUGGUAAAUACAGUAUUAAAGAGCAGAAUGUCUCACCACUGUUUUAGAAUUGGCUAGCUGUUGUGAUAUAAGCAACUUAACAUCUCUAAAUGAUUCUUUGGCGGGGAAUGUGAAGAAGGUUGAGGGCACCUAUGUUGGCCUAGGAAGGGCACAAUGAAUGCAUAUAUGGCCUCAGAGGACUAUUGAGAUUAAAGGAGCACAAGCUGGCGUGCUUGAUUUUUUCCUAAUAGAUUACAGGCUAUCUGUUCCUGUGUCCUAACAAGGCUAUACAGAAGAAGAGGGUACUUUUUCCUGGAAAGGAUGGGAUUUUGUUAAGGACCUUCAAUUCACUAUGUUUUACUAGGAGCAUUAGACAGGUUCUCAAGGUCAUGUAUUUAUCAGUUAAACCAUUUUUUUCUUUUGUUCUUUUCCCCUAUCCAUAAAAACACACUAGCACCACAAUGGGGAAAAAGUCUGUUGAAUAUGCAAAUGUGCCAUUAUUCAGUUUCACCUAGUAUUUGAUUGUUCUUGAGAGGUUAGUACACUACUGUUUAGCUGUCAUAGAAAGCCUCAUCAUCUCUGCUGGCCCAGAUGCAUUAAGUCCGGGCUUAGCAAGGUUAAGUGACCUGGAAUUGUGUUUUCACUCGGGUUAUGCCGAAUGCAUGGGUACGAUGGAUGCUUUUCAGUAGUAUUCAGACUGUGGCCUUUAGACCAGUAUCUGUGCACCAAAUGUUACCUAUCUGUGUUGUUUCUGUUCAGUCUAAUAAAAACAAAAGACGAAACCAGG